AUGGUUGCUGUUUGCGCGCUUGCUCACCAGCCACUGCUCACUCCGCUCGCGCGAGCAGAGAGGCAGUUUACCUGCUUCCCGAAACUGCCCAAGGAGCUGCAGCUCGAGAUUUGGAAGGCCAGUUUACCGGGACCGAGGGUGGUUAAGUUGAGGUAUCGAGGGGAGGGAGCUGAUGCGAAGUGUACUAGCAGGGCACGAAUCCCAAUCGCACUCCACGUCUGCCGCGACUCUCGUGAGGUAGCAAAGGAAGUCUACGAGCUCAGCUUCGGCCUGAAGGGCUUUUCGCAACCUGGAGGAUCGUCGUGGAUGGUGGAGCCGAAGAUAUACUUCUCGUUCGACCGCGACACCUUGUUUAUCGACACGGAAGGCUCUAGACCCUGUGGUAGCCUGCGCGGGGUGAGCUUCGAGAUGCUGAGAGCAGAGGCUCACCGCUUUCAUUGCUUGGCUAAGCAGGUGCAGGAUCUGGCGAAGGUACGGACGCUGGCAGCGUGGGAAUACCUUCCGAUGGUUGCUGUGCAUGGGGUCUCGAUCGGUGAGCGUGGAGAGGUGAGGAAUCCUUGGAGUGCGUUUGAGGGGAUUGAGGGAGAGGCGAUGGGUGUCGGCGUAGCGAGUCAGCUCAGUCAGGUUUAUGAUAAGGAUUUGACAGUGGCGGAGCCGAAUCCGUUGGAGGGCAUGGAGUGGGAUUUGGAGCAGGAUGUCAAUCUGAUUACCGGACUGAAGUGGAAGCACACUUGGCUUGUUGCGAGGUCGCCGAGUGCUAUAUUCCUUGGCUACCUGCUCGAGACUACCAAUCCGGAUUAUUAGGGGUGGAAUGAAUGUAGAGGAUCUUUGGGGGAAGUUGGGGGAUGAAAGGCAUGUAGGAGUGGAAUUGGAGGACGAGAAAAUAUCUUGUUGCACUGGAGGUAC